GAGACUCCUGGACUCGACUCGCAUUCAUGCUUCUCGAAUUGAGCUCAAAAAUAGACUUCACAAACACGUUUCCAGACUUAGCCAUUUCUAGGCAGUUUCCCAGUUUUGGCAUAGCCUUUUGAUGAGGUUCAAAAAUGGUCUUCUGGACUUCUUAUUGAGAUAUCAAUCACUUCAAUAUGUAGAGGGACACUCCAGCUUCAAAACAAGUCAUUAGUCUUCAAUUUCCAUCUAGCCAAUUGUAUGAUAUGAAUAUCCAAAGUAAGCACCGUGAACUGUUUUUACACUGAAACAACAGAUUAGGUCGACCGGAUCCUAUAUGAGGUCGACCGAAUCCUAAAUGAGGUCGACCGGAUCCUAUAUGAGGUCGACCGAAUUCUAAAUGAGGUCGACCUAAUCCUAGCUGAGGUCGACCGGAAAGUGCAAGUCACCAUGACAUGCAUGUCACCGUAGGCACACCCAAAAAGUUAAUACAUAUAUUCUACCUUAAAUUUAACCCCAAAAAAUGAAUUAAUAUUGACAUUGCAUGUAUUUGCUAAAUAUAGAGCAUAUAUAGACCAGCUAGAAAUUCACAAUCCUAGCUAGUUAGCAGCUCUCUCUUGUCUGUGGCUAUAUAAGUCGAAAGCCCACCCCUCUAGUUUAAAAUCGUCCCAUCUCUCUCUCUCUCUCUUCCGUAUAGCCAAAAUCCAACCCUAGCUAGCCAGACACAAUCCUCUCUUCUUUUCAUGGCUACAACCGAAACAAUAUUAUCAUGCCACCCUGGAGAGAAAUGCAUUAUCCACAACUUCUCCAUUAGUAGUCCUGCUGCCGAGGAGAAGAAACUUAUCGUCCAUCCUCUACUUUUGACUCCUUUCUCUGCAGUUGCACCACCUCUCUCUCUCACCCUCACCACUCGUCUGAUUCGGAUCCGGGUCGAAUCAGCUUUGGAGACCAUCUUGGAAGAAGAAGAAGAAGAAGACGAAGAAGAAGCUGACAUGGACGAUGAUGAUGAUGUUUUACCACUACUACUGACCAAUGCUACUGAUGAUGAUAACAAGACGAAGAGCUUGUCGCCGGCGGCAGUAAUGAUGUUGCCCACAAAGACUAAGGCGCCCUCGUCGUCUACUUGCUUCUGGCAAGUCCGAAGGCAGCCUGGUUCCUCGUCUUCCUCCUUCAGCCUGAGCUGGGGUUUUGCGUAAUUAAUAAGUAAAAUAUCUAAAUUUCGACGAGUCUAGCUAGCGCUCGGGCGGAGAGCCAUAGUUCAAUUUGCAAGGAUGUAGCAAUUAGUACGUACGUACGUAGUUGGUGACCUUUCGUUGUCCCUCUUUUUUAUUGGACUUUGUUAUAUCACUGGCUAUGCCCAUUUGAGAGUGGGGAAUAAAUGGUGUACGUAGUACUUGGUUAACUUCUGUGGUGAUGGAUGAAUGGUUUUGUUUUGAUAAGGAAAGCAAUUACUAUAUUUGCUUUCUUCCUCAUUGAUAAGGGAACUCUCGCAAGCCAAUGAACUAGUACCGCAGAAACAAGUAUUCGUUGUUAUCAUGAAGGAAGAGAGAAACUUCAUGUACGUGCUGGAAGCCGAAAAUGGUUGACUUAUAUAUGCCCAUCACACACAUAUCGUACAAUCAAAAUUUGACUGGAAUUUUAUUUUAUUUAAAUGCAUGCCAAAUGUUGUUCCACAUUCAAAUUACACAUUUCUUUUGCUGUUGGAACGAGUUAUGUGUAGUUGCGAAGAUGAUAUAGUAUUUCGUGAUUGGAUUUGAGAUUGUGAUGUCUGAUAUAUGUAUACAUAUAAUACUCACAUAUUUAAAAAGUGCAAGUUGAUGAAAUAUUGGAAACCUAUCCUAAGAUAUUACCUUAAUGUAUUGUUUCUAAUUACUCAUAACUUUAAACCUUCACUUGGUUUUCAAUUUUCUGUGACAUUUUUUGUAACUAUAAAUUGUGGGUCCAUAUCCAGCCAUUCUAUGGGAGAAAUUAAAUAUACAAUUUGUAUUUUUCAUUGUUCUGUUCUUCAUUUCUAGCUGGUUUAGGUUAGGAUGUUCGGUUUCAUUUCAAUUUAAAAUUGGGUUAAUUGCAUGGUUGGUCACUGAGAUUAUAAAAAACGUUCAUGUUUGGUCACUGAAAAUAUUUAAAUCCAAUCUUGGUCACUCAAAUUAGUUAAAUGGUUCAAGUUUGGUCACUCUCCGUUACCUUCCGUCAGUUUCCGUUUACACCGUCAAUUAUUUGCUGAUGUGGCUAACAGAAGUGCUGAUUCACCCAAUUUAAAUUAUAAAAAAAUAAAACCCGACCCGUACAAUCAGCAAAACCCGCCACAUUAGUUUUACCCACCCCAACCCGUGACCCAAGUACCCAACCCUUCCACUCCACCCUAAUUCCUCAACUUCCUCUGCCCUCGCCGAUGUACCAGAAUAAAAAAAAAAACUUCAAUUCUCGGCGGGUUGUCUCAACCUUCGUCCAAUUUUCAUACCCUCUGGGUCUUUUUUUUAACUCUGCUUUGGGGCUUUUCUUUGAAAUAACCAGAUACGAAUGGAGAAGGAAGAGAAGAGCCAACAAAGAGGUUGCAAAGGUUUCGAACCAGAUUUACUGUUGUAGUGGGGGACCAAAAAGCGGCUGAGAUGCGUGAGAGUUAAAGGCCCUCAACUCAUCUCCCAGAGAUCCAAUGGCGGAUUCAACCGAAGAAUCAUUUCCCGGGUCUCCUCGCCGAAAAAAGAAAUCUCCCACCAUCUCCUUUCCAGUCGUAUUACAAGGUAAGUCUGAUUUCCGAGGAAAAAACGCAGAUCUUUCAUCUAUCCCCUUGCCGGCGGCAAAGGUGUCUCUUUUGCAAAGCUUGGUGGCUUGUUUGGACAUUUGCCGAUCUGGGUUUUCUCUUUUCCCUGAUUUGACGAGUGGUAAUGUGGUACAGGAAUUCAGAGGCGGCGGGAGUUCGGUCUUCCGGGGUGAAUGAGAAGAAGAAAUUGGUUGUGUCGCCGGAGAAAGAGGACAUGUAUUAUAGCACGAGAGGAUCUUCCGCGGCGGGAUUGGGGGUAGGUGGAGGAGCGGAGAAAGCUUGUUCUGCGGAGGUGGUAGAAGAGAGAUCAGGCGGAGAAAGAGUGGUUAGGGCCGGAUGAGUUGCUACGCAAUGCGCGGCGAUCGAUUGAGGUUGAAAAGGAGCCGCAGACGACGACAGCGGCGGGGACCGGCGGCGGCGAGGACGGAGGAAGUUGAGGAAUUCAGAUGGAGUGGAAGGGUUGGGUACUUGGGUCACGGGUUGGCCGUUGGGGUGGGUAACUAACGUGGCGGAUUUUGCUGACUGUGCAAGUCGGGUUUUAUUUUUUUUAUAAUUUAAAUUGGGUGAAUCAGCACUUCUGUUAGUCACGUCAGCAAAUAACUGACAGUGUUAACGGAAACUGACGGAAGGUAACGGAGAGUGACCAAACUUGAACCAUUUAACUAAUUUGAGUGACCAAGAUUGGAUUUAAAUAUUUUCAAUGACUAAACAUGAACAUUUUUUAUAAUCUCAGUGACCAAUCAUGCAAUUAACCCAUUUAAAAUUAUGGACUAUUAUUCAUAUUCUAUUGUGAUGGAGAUGGGAACCUAUGUUUACAAAUAGAAACUUUGGAAAAAAAUAACAACUGUUGCCUCUGUAGCACAGUGGCAGUGCAUUUGCCUCUUAAGCAAGCAGCCGUGAGUUCGAAUCUCACCAGGGGCAUUAUUUAUUGAAUUGGUUACACUCUUAAGCAAGCAGCCGUGAAUGGUUUUGGUUUUGUAUAGUAUUACGUACGUAUUAGUGACACAACUAUAUCUGCUCUCUUCCUCGUGAUAAGGGAUCUCUCGCCAGCCAGCCAAAGAACUAGUGAAAGCUAGCUAGCUAGUACCGCAGAAGCAAGUAUUCGACUAUUCGUUGUUAAUUAUCAUGAAGGAAAAGAGAAUGUUUAUGUAAUGGAAAACGAAAAUGAUUUACUUCUGUACCCAUCACAUAUCGUACAAGAAAGAAAAAUGGUAAACUCCGAAGUUUCUUCUUCUUUUAAUGCACAUCAUGCAUGGGUAGUGCUGUCAAAUUGGUUUGGUUUGGUUAACCAAACCAUUAAGUAUGAAAAACCAAAACCAAAAAACUAACGUGUACUCAUACACUCAUAUUUAUUCCUAUUUCCCUCCUUUUUAUUGAAUAAACGUCAUAAUAAUGG